AUGCCCUCCAGAAUGCCUUCGAGGAACAUCACACCACCACCUCCGAAUACGAGUACACACACCCUGAUCCUCGCACUCUGCAGCGGGGCGCUGCUUUGGCCGGCCGCGGGUGUCGCCCUCCGCGCCUUGCGGCGGCGCCUGUGCAGCUGGGCGGCGGCGCUGCACCCGAGCGGCCAGUCCGAGCGCGGGUGCAUCAAGGCGAGCGGCGCGCACGACCCGGGGAGCGUGGAUCUGUUCGGAACUGUAUCGACGGACGCCGCAAAGCUCGGCUCGGAGGAGAUGAAUACCCUAUUCGUGCCGAAUCCAAGAGGCGGUCCACAGCUCUCGUCCUUCUCGAGCAACAUCAAGGACCUCGGUGCGUCUCCGUCAGGCACCAAGACGCCGCGUCGCUUCGUGUGCCUGGUCCUGGACCUUCAAAACGAGUACGAGGCGUACUUGCAGCACACUGUCAGCGGUGCGAAUGCAGUCCUCGCAGCCUUUCGGAAGCGCGGACAGCCGGUGGUCUGGACCAACUGGUCGCGCGUUUUCGCGGAGUCCCACCUCUACUCCGCAGUCGACCGGUACUACGGCCCGCGCGGCAUCGCCAACAAGACCAACCCGGUCUACAUCUGGAGCGACGGCGGCAACAUCACGCUGCCGCCGCUCGCGCCGAUCGACGACUCGGAGCGCUCGCGCGUGAUCGAGAGCAACCACCUCUCCAAGUUUGCAGACUUGGACGGCAGCGGCCGCGAGAUUCUCUACCCGAUGCUCAAGGCGUGGGGCGUCGACACGAUCGUGCUGCUCGGGUCGUGGACGGACGAUUGCAUCGCCGCCACCGCCUUCGACGCCGUCGACAGGUACGGCUUCGACGUCCUGUUGGUGACGGAUGCGGUGGCCACCGCCACGCCGCACGGCGAAAAGAUGGUGGAGUGCAUCGGCGCAGCCAUCUGCACGCCGGUCACCUCGGCCGACGUCGCGAGCUACCUCGACGCCGCGCCGAGCGAUAUGGUGCUCCCGCCCACGGCGCCGCUGCACGGCUCCGUCUACCUGUCCUACGACCGGCACGUCUGCACACGCUCGCGCCACUCGUGAGACCGCCAAAGGUGUGCGAGGGGGGCGCGAGCGCGACGGCUCCCGACCGAACGUGUCCGGGACCAGGAUGUCACACUUUGAUGCAAAACAGCAUUUGUACAUUGGGUUCU